AGGCCCAAAAGUUGCCAAAACCCAAAGAGAAAGCCCAAAACCACACCAGCUUAGCUCAGAGCUGUAGCAGUAGCAGUAGCAGAGAGGGUUUAACAAUCCGCCAUAGCCGCCUCCCUUUCUCACACAGUACAGACAGUGAAAAUGCGUAGACUCACGUCCCCAUUAACACGUCUCCACCUUCGAACACUGCUCCGCCGCUGUAUUUCUUCGUCGGCGACUAAUCAAUCCCACCACCUUCCCUGUUCCCAAUUCUCCCUUUCCAAAACCCACCUUUUCACUUCACCACUGCCCCAUGACCCAUUUUCGUUUUCACUAUAUUGCACCAGUUUUAAACCCUUUUCAUCCCAAUCUGAAGAUCCUGUAAAGGAUCAAGAAGAAACAAUUGCUCAGUCUUUAUCGUCUGAGCUUGUCAAAGAACUGGACGCGGAAUCUCUCUCCAUUCCAGAAAGACUCGAUCUUUCUUUCUCCCACAUAACUUUAACGCCUUCCCUGAUCCUUACCACACUCAAUCUUUCCCCAGAUGCUGGCAGAACUGUUUUAGGUUUUUUCAAAUGGGUUAAAUCCAAAGAAAGUUUCAAUCUUGAUGAUGAAGUUCUAGCUUUGUUUGUGGAUUAUUUUGGACGGAGAAAGGAUUUUAAAGCUGCAAAUGAUGUGCUUACUGAUGGCCGAGGGGUAACCGGUUUUAAGACGUUUGAGUCCAUGGUUGAUAGGCUUGUACGGGCCGGGAGGGCCACUCAAGCAGUGGCAUUCUUUGAAAAUAUGGAGAAAGAUUAUGGGUUAGUUAGGGAUUUGAAUUCUUUGAAGUUGGUUGUUUCUAGGUUGUGUGAGCAUGGUUUUGCUAGUUAUGCUGAGAAAAUGGUGAAGAAUUUAGCUAAUGAAUUUUUCCCUGAUGAAUAUGUAUGUGAUAUGUUGAUAAGGGGUUGGUGUGUUGAUGGGAAACUUGAUGAGGCGCAGAGGUUAGCUGGGGAGAUGUGUAGAGGAGGGUUUGAAAUUGGUACUGCAGCAUAUAAUGCAAUUCUUGAUUGUGUUUGUAAGCUUUGUAGGAAAAAGGAUCCAUUUCGGCUUCAAUCCGAGGCAGAGAAUGUGUUGGUGGAAAUGGAAGAGAACGGUGUUCCUAGAGAUGUGGAAACCUUUAAUGUGUUGAUCACUAACUUGUGUAAGAUCAGGAAAACAGAGGAUGCUAUGAAUCUGUUUUAUAGGAUGGGGGAAUGGGGUUGUUCUCCAGACGAGACGACUUUUUUGACACUUAUUAAGAGCUUAUACCAGGCUGCAAGGAUUGGAGAGGGUGACGAAAUGAUUGAUAGAAUGAAAUCUGCAGGUUUUGGGGAUGCACUUGAUAAGAAGGCCUAUUAUGAAUUUUUGAAAAUAUUAUGUGGGAUUGAGAGAACUGAUCAUGCUAUGACUGUCUUUGCAAAGAUGAAAGAGGAUGGUCACAAACCGGGGUUAAAGACUUAUGAUUUGUUGAUGGGAAAGCUGGUUGCUCAUAAUCGU